AUGAGAGCGGAAGAAGCGAGUCAGGAGGUUGGUGAGCAGGCUUCCCAUGAAGAGAAGCAGACGUCGAAGAAAAACGAUCGAGUGGAUUCGCUCUCAGGAGUCGAUUUCCAUCAGGAGUUGAUAGCGACUGAUAAGAUCCAGAUCAUGUUACAUCCUGAAGAUCAAAAUCGACGAAUAGAAAUCACCAGGAUCACCUUAGCGCGGAAGGAAGCACCUCAAGCGGGCCCAGAGGUCUGGACAGAUCCACUUCGAUCAAAGCUCUUGGCCAAUCAUAGUACAGUUUCAGAGCUUGACCUCUUCAGGGAAAAAAGUUCCAGCCUCGCGCCUGUGGACUGGACGACUGCGCCUCUGCCUCACGCGGCAAUCUUCAACUCCAUCGCCAAUUGCCUUCUCUAG